GGUAGAAUUGUUCUCUUCUACCGCCUUCGUGAGUUGUGAAUUGUGAAUUGAUUGCCUCGGAAACAGCGACCAAGUAAUUAAUUUGAGGGGCGAAAGAAAAAACAAGGAGAAAAAUCCCUUGCUUCUUCUCAUUUGCCCUCUCUUUCCUCGCCGGUGCUGCGGCGGCCGUCUCGCCGGCGUUCGCUGGUCGUGCCAAAUCAUUGGGGUUUCGGUUCUUUGACUCUACGGCAGAGAGGGAGGGCGAUAGUGAGAAAGUUUCUUUACUAUUUCGUCGGACAAUGUCGAGAUUGCUACUGAACUUGACGACGCCCAUGGAGAUGGGAGCUACCGUUUCCAGCUGGUGGGAUGAGAUCAACGAAACUACUUUUUGGCAGGAUCGGAUUUUAUACUCUCUCUGUGCUGUUUAUGCGCUUGUCUCCGCCGUUGCUCUGAUUCAAUUGAUAAGGAUCGAACUGAGAGUUCCUGAAUAUGGUUGGACAACACAGAAAGUUUUCCACCUCAUGAACUUCAUUGUCAAUGGAGUACGCGCAAUUUUGUUUGGGCUUCACAAGCAAGUAUUUCUUUUGCAACCAAAGGUUUUCCUAUUGUUAUUAUUGGAUCUUCCUGGACUUCUUUUUUUCUCUACAUACACACUCCUUGUCCUCUUCUGGGCAGAGAUAUACCACCAGGCAAGAAGUUUGCCAACAGAUAAACUCAGAACAGUUUACAUUUCUGUCAACAGCGUGGUAUAUCUUAUACAGGUUUGCAUUUGGAUAUACAUUGGGAUGGAUGACAACAGUGUGGUAGAAUUCAUUGGAAAAAUCUUCAUUGCAGUGGUGUCAUUCAUCGCUGCAGUAGGCUUCUUGAUAUAUGGUGGAAGAUUAUUUUUCAUGCUUAGACGUUUUCCAAUUGAAUCUAAAGGGAGAAGGAAGAAACUUCAUGAGGUUGGAUCUGUGACCGCCAUAUGCUUUACCUGCUUCCUCAUUCGAUGCUUUGUGGUUGCUUUAUCCGCUUUCGAUGCAGAUGCAUCACUUGAUGUCUUAGAUCACCCCGUUCUGAGUUUCACCUUCUACUUGUUGGUCGAAAUUCUGCCUUCAGCAUUAGUUCUUUACAUAUUACGCAAAUUGCCUCCCAAGAGAAUAUCAGCCCAGUAUCACCCCAUUCGCUAGUUUUUAUUCAUCUUGCAUUCUGAACACUGCUUCACCUCCUUGGGGUUGUAUUUUUAAUAUCUGGGAGUUGUGGAUUCUUACUGAAAGAAAAAAAGCAUGAAAAGCUGGGCCUGAUGUAGCAUUCUGCUGUGGCAUGGCAUGCCAGAAAGACGAAGCUGUUUGCUGCUGCUGGCUGAGAGAGCGUUUGAAACUCUUCUUUGGGCGUUGUCUGAUUUGAAGAACUCAUUGUAAGAACUUAUUGUACAUCCUGUUUAUUAUUUGGUCUAAACGUGCAAAGAAGGAUUUCUGUUAGAUUAAAUAUUAUGUUUCAGUAUCAAAGUGUUAAGUGUGUCUGAGUACUCGACAACCCCUUGUAUUUUUUUUUUUGUUCCCUCUGCUUAUCUAUUGAUGUUCUUGUUGGUGGUUU